CAGACCCGAUCGCACUCAUGUUCUCCUCGUCCUCGUCCCGCACCCUCCUUGCUCUCGCUGCGGCAGCGCGGAUCGUCUCCGCCGCGACGGUUGGGCCAGUUGGCUCCCUGGUGGUGGCCAACGCAACGAUCUCGCCCGACGGUCUGCCCCGCGCAGCCGUCCUGGCCGGAGGCACGUUCCCUGGAACGCUCGUCACCGGAAACAUCGGCGACAACUUCCAGCUGACGGUCGUCGACCAGCAGCAGGACAACCGCAUGCUCGAGCCGACGUCGAUUGUGAGCCUCAGCCAACGCUCGCCUUGUUGGGCAUCCCUGAUUGGUUU